UAAAACAGAUCAAAGCGCUACGAGCCGGAGUUUGUGGCUCCGGUAGGGGAGAAUUGGCCACUUUGGGAGGUGGGCGAGAAGAAAAAAAAGAGGCGCCGGCGGAGGGGGAUUCGCCAAAGACCCCCAUGAAGCAGGAAAGAAGCAAGUGAUCGCCCCCCCGGUCAAAGCUGACUCGUCCGCCUGGGGUCUGGAUCAGGUGCUUCUCCUCUUGCUCCGUCUUUCCCAUCCCAAAGCGGAAUGCUGUAGCCUGGGAUCCCGCGCGCGCCGCCGGGAGAAACGGGGCUCUCUCUCCUCCAGUUCACAACACCCGAAACCAUGAAGAAGCGCCAGAUCCGGAGCUGCCUGCCCGCGCUAACGCUGCUCCUCUGGUGGAGCGUCCGCUCGGCAGGUUCUCAAGCAGUUUGUGCAGGCACCCAAAAUGAGCUCAGUGUGACAGGAGAUGCCCAGCAACGGUAUCAGACACUAUAUAAAAUGUACAACAACUGUGAGAUCGUCAUGGGCAACCUUGAGAUAGUGCUCAUUGGACAAAACCAGGAUCUUUCCUUCUUGCAGGUAACUAGAUGUGGUGGAAGACUUAACACAUUUUCCUUUUUUUCAGCAG